GAAACUAUUGAUGCUGAAAUUAUCAGCAAUAUGAUUAGUUGUCAACCUUUUGGGUGCAUUAAAGAAUCUUGGAUUUUUAAUCGGCUCUUCUCUUCCGAUUAAAAAUCUGGAAAAUCGUCACGUUGUCAUGGAUUUUCGAUAACUCUUCUAGGCCGACCGAAAGUCUAGAAGAUUUGGACGUCGUCUGCGAUGAGCCUGGACAGGAUUUCGUGGAUUUUUUCUCAAAAAUGCAACCUCAUCGAAGCGCUGUUUCUUGAUUUUCUAGAUAGCCCGUGGGCUUCCGGGAGGUCCCGUUUCUUUCUAGCGCUCAUUCGAAGCGCGUUUCAGGCGGUUUGAAAACACAUGCUUGAAAGAGAAGAACUCGAUCUCUUUACAAAUGUUUUCAAGCCUGGAGUCGAUCCAGCAAGAUAAUUCGAGAGGACAGGUGCUUGGAUGCUUAGACUCUAGCAACCGAUACGUUUUCAUUUGGUUUUCGAGAUGAACAAGAAAAUUCUGAUAAUUGCGAGCAAACAUCUUUUCACGACUGUGUGAUGAGAUGUCGGUGUCUAAAUGGUGGUUAAUAUAUUAUGUGGGCUUGGGGAUUGAGCUAAGGCUGAUUAAGAGAGAGAAGGGAUUCUUUGCUUUUGGAAUGGAGCGAAGGCUGGUCGAUUCAAAGCAAAAGUGGAGAAACAGAAAGUAUGACGUGCUGAGUUGGAGAGCAGCAUAGAGAAGAACAGAAUACCCUACCGACACGGAAACACUGGAGACGACGGGGCCCGCUUUCCGCCACUGUGGACACUCACAGCUUCCGUAAAAGGUGAAGGGAAUGGUGAUCACGGCGGCUUUUUCUCCUCUCUUGCUCCCUCCGGCGCUCUCUCAGUAGAAGAACUCUCGCCUUGAGAAAGAAAACCUCCCUGUCUCUUUCUUGCUCUGUCACAACAAUGCACUGCUGCUCGGCUGCUACUAGUUUCGUUGUUCCACGAACCGCAUGCUUCCGAGAUAAAUCUGGGGACUAUAAACUCUCCUUGGCGGCACAUCCAUUUUGGAGAGUUGAUAGCAGGAACUUCUUUAGCUGCAAUUGUCGCCAGUACCAUGGAUUGCACUCUUCAGGGAAAAAGGCCGGGCACGAUUUCUCAAUGUCUACUUGUACCAAAGAUGGCAGAUCAAUAGCUACCCUCGUUGAAGAUGAUCAUGAGGUUUUAGGUGUCCUAGAUAUGGAUCCUGCUUUGAGAGAAUAUGAAGAUCAUUUGAGGUACAGGUCAAGAACAUAUUCAGAACAGAAGAAGCAGAUAGAAAAAUAUGAGGGAAGCCUUGAAGAAUUUGCGAAAGGGUAUCUAAAGUUUGGAUUAAACAGGGAAGAGAACUACAUAGUUUAUCGUGAGUGGGCACCUGCUGCACAGGAAGCACAACUAAUUGGAGACUUCAAUGGCUGGGAUGGGUCAAAUCACCAAAUGGAAAGAAAUGAAUUUGGUGUUUGGACUAUCAAGAUACCAAAUCCAAAUGGCGAUCCUGCCAUCCCACAUAAUUCAAGAGUGAAGUUCCGGUUUAAAUGUCCCAAUGGAGCAUGGGUUGAUAGAAUUCCAGCUUGGAUCAAAUAUGCAACAGUAGACCCCACAAGGUUUGCAGCUCCGUAUGAUGGUGUGUAUUGGGACCCACCUCCUUCUGAGAGAUAUCAGUUCAAGCAUGCUCGUCCUCAGAAGCCUUUGGCACCACGUAUAUAUGAAGCCCAUGUAGGAAUGAGCAGCUCAGAGCCAAAAAUCAGCUCAUACAGAGAAUUUGCAGAUAAUGUUCUACCUCGUAUAAAGUCAAAUAAUUAUAAUGCUGUCCAGUUGAUGGCUGUCAUGGAGCAUUCCUACUAUGCUUCUUUUGGAUAUCAUGUUACAAAUUUCUUUGCUGUUAGUAGUAGAUCAGGCACACCGGAGGAUCUUAAAUAUUUGAUUGACAAAGCUCAUGGUUUAGGCUUGGUAGUAUUGAUGGAUGUUGUUCACAGCCAUGCAAGCACAAACAUCGCUGAUGGCCUCAAUGGUUAUGAUGUGGGGCAAAAAACUCAGGAAUCGUACUUUCAUACUGGUGAGAAAGGUUAUCAUAAGUUGUGGGACAGUCGCUUAUUCAACUACGCAAACUGGGAAGUCCUACGCUUUCUUCUUUCUAACUUGAGGUGGUGGCUUGAGGAAUUUCAAUUUGAUGGGUUCCGUUUUGAUGGGGUCACUUCCAUGUUAUAUCAUCAUCAUGGCAUUAACAUGACAUUUUCAGGGAACUACAGUGAAUAUUUUAGUGAUGCUACUGAUGUGGAUGCCAUUGUAUACCUUAUGCUAGCCAAUGAUCUUAUCCAUAACCUCCAUCCUGAUGCCAUUGUGGUUGCUGAAGAUGUAUCUGGUAUGCCCACUCUGGGUCGUCCUGUUUCCGAGGGUGGAAUUGGUUUUGACUAUCGGUUAGCCAUGGGGAUCCCUGACAAAUGGAUUGAUUAUAUCAAAAACAGAACAGACGAAGAGUGGUCCAUGAAGGAAAUUGUCUCGUGCCUGACAAACAGGAGAUACACCGAGGCAUGUGUUUCAUAUGCUGAGAGUCAUGACCAGGCAAUUGUUGGUGAUAAGACAAUUGCUUUCCUACUGAUGGACAAGGAAAUGUAUUCUGGAAUGUCCUGCUUAGAGGAUCCCUCUCCAACUGUUGAUCGGGGGAUUUCGCUUCACAAGAUGAUUCACUUCAUAACAAUGGCACUAGGAGGGGAGGGUUAUCUUAAUUUCAUGGGGAACGAGUUUGGUCAUCCUGAAUGGAUUGACUUUCCAAGAGAAGGCAAUGGGUGGAGCUAUGACAAAUGUAGACGGCAGUGGAAUCUUGUGGACACAGACCAUUUAAGAUAUAAGUUUAUGAACGCUUUUGAUAGAGCUAUGAAUGGGCUUGAUGGCAAGUUUUCUUUUCUUGCAUCGAGAAAGCAAAUUGUCAGCAGCAUAAAUGAAGAGGAGAAGGUUAUUGUAUUUGAACGUGGGCAGCUGGUUUUUGUUUUCAACUUUCAUCCAGAAACUACUUAUGAAGGGUACAAAGUAGGUUGUGACUUGCCUGGAAGGUACAGAGUUGUCUUAGAUAGCGAUGCACUGGAAUUUGGUGGGCUUGGCAGGGUAGGCCAUGAUGUGGACCAUUUCACUUCUCCGGAAGGCAUACCAGGGAAACCUGAAACAAAUUUCAACGACCGACCUAAUUCAUUCAAAGUUCUAUCACCACCUCGGACAUGUGUUGUUUACUGUAGGGUUGAGGAAGAGGAGUCACAUGAUACCAACUUGCUAGUUGGUGAUAUAGGAAAAGAAGAUGCCAUAUCGUCAGAGAGGAUUGUUUCUGAUGAAGCGACCACUGUUGUAGAUGGUGGUGAAUUGAAGAACCUGGAUAGUGCAUCUGAAGUGCCAAACGUGUGACCGGAUGUAUUUUUGUUUAUUGUUACUUCUUAGUUGCUUGUACGUUAUCAAGACAAAUGAAAUUAUCAAGCCCCUAUUAGUUAAUCAAAUGUCUAUUUGUUUGGUGACCUUAUA